ACCUCAUCUGUCUCUUCCGCGACAACGUUGCGUGACGUUGCGGCUGGACGUCGAGUGCUGAACGUGUGAACGUGGCAAACUUCCUUUCCUGACAUCUGCGAAGCGUGAAAAAUGGUUCUGGAUUUGGACUUCUUCCGCGAGGACAAAGGUUUCGAUCCGGAGAAAAUCCGGGAAAACCAGCGGAAACGUUUCAAAGACGUGCAGCUGGUGGACACCGUGAUCGAAAAGGACAAGCAUUGGCGACAAUUGCGUCAUCGCGCCGACAAUUUCAAUAAACUGAAGAAUCUGUGUAGCAAAGUAAUUGGCGAGAAAAUGAAGAAAAAGGAACCGGUCGGCAACGACGAUAAUGUGCCUCAGGACCUCGCCGACGACCUUGACAAUUUGACUCCCGAGAGCUUGAGAGCUUUGACAGUGGCGCAAAUCAAGAGAAUACGCGUUCUCAUCGACGAAGCCAUACAGAGAAACGAUGAGAGUCUGAAGACAACCGAGUUAGAUAGGAACAACGCUCUCAGAGAAGUGGGAAAUCAUCUGCACGAGUCUGUACCUGUUAGCAACGAUGAAGAGGAGAACAAAAUAGAAAGAACUUGGGGAGAUUGCAGCCAAAAGAAGAAAUACUCCCACGUUGAUCUGAUUCAAAUGAUCGACGGAAUAGACGGAGAACGUGGAACAAGUGUAUCUGGAGGCAGAGGAUAUUUCCUCACCGGACCGGGAGUGUUUCUUCAACAAGCGUUAAUACAGUUAUCAUUAAGGAAGUUAACCAAAAAGAGUUACAAACCUCUUUACACUCCAUUUAUCAUGCGGAAAGAUGCGAUGCAAGAAGUAGCUCAGCUUUCUCAAUUUGAUGAAGAAUUGUACAAGGUCAUUGGUAAAGGAAGCGAGCGUAAUGAAGACAAAGAGAUGGAGGAGAAGUAUCUCAUUGCUACCUCCGAGCAGCCAAUAGCAGCUUUUCAUCGAGGCGAAUGGAUAGCUGAGAACGCUUUACCCAUUAAAUAUGCCGGUAUUUCUACUUGCUUUAGACAAGAAGUCGGCUCUCACGGCCGAGAUACCAGAGGUAUUUUCAGAGUACAUCAAUUUGAAAAGGUGGAGCAGUUUUGUCUCACUUCCCCCCACGACAACAAGUCGUGGGAGAUGAUGGAAGAAAUGAUCGCCAAUGCGGAGGAGUUUUAUCAGAACCUGGAGAUUCCGUAUCGCGUGGUUAACAUUGUGUCCGGCGCAUUGAAUCACGCGGCUUCCAAGAAAUUGGAUCUGGAAGCUUGGUUCCCCGGAUCUAGAGCGUUCCGCGAACUCGUUUCGUGCAGCAACUGUCUGGAUUAUCAAGCGAGAAGAUUACUCGUGAGAUACGGUCAGACGAAGAAAAUGAACACCGCGACGGAUUACGUUCACAUGUUGAACGCGACGAUGUGCGCCGUGACGCGUGUGAUCUGCGCGAUAUUGGAGGUCCAUCAAACGGAAACCGGCAUCAAGAUGCCGAAAAUUCUGGCGGAAUACAUGCCCGUCGAAUACAAGAGCGAAAUUCCUUUCGUCAAGCCCGCGCCGAUCGAUGAAAUCGAAACGAAGAAACAGAAGAAACAGAAAGAGAACAUGUAAAAGUAGCGCUAUACUCUGUAUAAACAUGAAAAACUCUUUAUUUGCUAAUAUUUAUUAAAAACGACAUGUUUUUUUUUA